UCCAACAAUAGUCGGCGUUCAUUGCUGUUGCUUAGCUGCUGCGAUCGGUAAUCAGAUUUAAUUGUUUCUCCUGUUUGCCAGUGUGACCAGCCGAGUGUCCAAAGAGCCAAACCUCAAAAAUCUCAAUUGAUUUGGAAAGCGCAGCUGGAGCUGAUAUAUUGAUUUAAAAAGUUCUUUGAGGGAAUUGCAUUGAGUAAGCGGAGAAAUGGCCGAUGAAGCACAAGCACCACCAGCUGAGGGCGCACCACCAGCAGAGGGCGAGGCUGCACCGCCAGCCGAUGGCGAGGCACCACCAGCAGCCGAUGGCGAGGCCGCACCACCCGCCGAGCCCGCCGAGCCGAUCAAGCACAGCUAUACCCUCUUCUAUUUCAAUUUGAAGGCACUCGCCGAGCCGUUGCGCUAUCUGUUCGCCUAUGGCGGCAUCGAGUACGAGGAUGUGCGCGUCACCCGUGACGAGUGGCCAGCGCUGAAGCCGACCAUGCCCAUGGGCCAGAUGCCAGUGCUGGAGGUGGAUGGCAAGCGUGUGCAUCAGAGCAUCUCGAUGGCUCGCUUCCUGGCCAAGACCGUUGGCCUGUGCGGCGCCACACCCUGGGAGGAUCUGCAAAUUGACAUUGUGGUUGAUACCAUCAAUGACUUCCGUCUAAAAAUUGCAGUCGUCUCGUAUGAGCCCGAGGAUGAGAUCAAGGAGAAGAAGCUGGUCACCCUAAAUGCCGAGGUCAUUCCAUUCUACCUGGAGAAACUGGAGCAGACCGUUAAGGACAAUGACGGCCAUCUGGCUUUGGGCAAGCUCACCUGGGCCGAUGUUUACUUUGCUGGCAUCACCGACUACAUGAACUACAUGGUCAAGCGUGAUCUGCUGGAACCGUAUCCGGCUCUACGUGGCGUUGUCGAUGCCACCAACGCUCUGGAACCCAUCAAGGCCUGGAUUGAGAAGCGUCCUGCUACCGAGGUCUAAGCUGGAGCAGCUAACAUCUAAAAACAAGACGGCAACAAUUGCGGAGGGGAGAAUCAUUGCACAGCAAUAACAAUAACAACAACAACA